AUGGUAACCAAUAUUCAGAGAGUUGAUUUGUUAGGUGGGCCCAUUUCCGGUGGGUACGGGCCGCUCUGCCUAUUGGGAGUUGUAGUUCCAGACUCCGCCCAACAGGACCACAACUCCCAGCAUGCUCCGCACCCCCGGCCCGGCCCCGCCCACUUGGCGUUGCUAGGCGUCAGGACAGAAGAGGACCUGAAGAAACAAAAGGUGUCACCUCCUGAAGUUGGCAGCACAACAGAAGACAAUCAAUACAAACUAGUUCAGAGGGAAUGGUCAGAGAAUUCACGACAGAAAGGAGGAGAGACACCUAAGGAUGACCAAGAGGUGGGCAAUUACAUUGGCAUUGAGGAAAUGGACAGUGAGAAAGUUACUGCACACCGAAGUGACGCUGGACGAGACAUACUCCCGGGUGAAAUAAAAGAGGAGAGUGCUGCCGAUUAUUCUCAUUGCGAAUGUAAAUACACAUCACUUAACUUCAAAGUGAAUCCGAAUGUUGAAGAGUUUAAUAAUAAAACACCUGAUCAGGUAUUGACAGAUGAAGUCCAACCUUUCACGUUGGAUGAAAAUUUUGACUAUGACUGUGUCCAUCUCAAGCCCAAAUACACUGAGGCUGAACUUCAAACUAUCUCUGCCUUGUCAAAACAGAGGACAGGUGGUAGAGAAUUUAAUGCAAAAAGCUAAAGGAUUCUGCCAUUUCUUGGUGCAGUCAAUCAGACUUAGAUUUGAAGCAGAAUCUGGAAGGGAGACAUUUUCAACCCCAAGAAGAACCAUUAUGAUUUGAAAUCAUGCUGUGCAAUAUUAACACAUUUCAUGUUUUAUUAAUGGCAUUGAGUCUUACUUUAAACCAUUAAAAUAGACAGAAAUAUUUAAUAUGAA